AUGUUUUUGUUAAUGAAAAGAUUUGCCCUGCUCUUUCUGCUUCUUCCGAGUGAAAAUUGUACACCUAUGGGAUUGCGGGAUAUUCAAUUCGGGGAAAAGGUUGAGACGUUAAACCAUGCAAACGAAAUGGAAUGCAGCAAGAAGAAAUUCAUGUUCAAUCCACAAUUAGAAUCACAGAAGAAAGACUGGCAAUCAAUGAUACAGUCUUACAAUUUAUUUAUAGGAUACACUGAUGAAAUGAAGGAGAAAAUAAAUGAUGAGCAAUUGGAAAAUGAAGUUCAACUGAGUAAUUUGAAACCCAUGGAUGAUGUGGGUGAGACAUUGAUCAUGUGUCACAAUUACCUUAUUCAUAUUUUUGGAGUUCCAGGAAAGUCAUACCAAGAUUCUUUGGGUACAAACAGUGAUCCAUUCAAAAGGCUUAAACAAGAUGAAGUUCAAUACAACAGGUCAAUCUAUAAACUUGUUUUGGGUUUGGAAACUCCAAUGCAAAUGCCUAAGCCUCUCCAUCAUGUACAAAUGGCUGUUAAUAACUGUGUCUUACAGACCCUAGGCUACAUACGUAGAUACAACCUUGCUCCAGCUGUUGUGGCUAAAGAAAUUAAUAGCUUAUACAAGAGUCGGAGUGGUAUAGAAUGGCUCGCAAAAACCUCUAUACAAAUAUUCAGAAAAGAUACAAUGUUUCAUAAUGCUUAUCAUGUAAGGCCAUUUGAAGAAGUACAAUUGAAAAAUCACUUCCAGCUGACAAACUUCCAUGAACUAUAUCAAACUCUUUCAAAGAGUGAACAGGAUUGGUGGAUAUUUCAAUAUUUGGCAGCCAGAAUGAAUGCCAGAGCAGAAAAGGCAAUUUCAGAAGAUGAAGUUUGCCCAAGAGGGUUUUUCAAACCAAUGUGUACUCUGAUUCAAUUUUCAAUCAAGCUGAAGAAAUUUCUCCUGAAUGAGAUGGAGCACAGCAGCCUAGAUUCAGGUACCACACUAUUGAAGGAUAUGAAAGAUGAUGUGCUUAGAAUGGUUAGAUUUAUUAUUGAACCAAAUUUAGAGACUGGUAUGAAAUUAUUUGAUCUCAAAGUCAUUGCUGGAAACACAUUUGCAACAUUAGACUUCAUCAUGGUCAGAUUUGGUUCAGGUUACAAAGAACCAGCACAAUUAGUAGCAGAUGACAAAGAUGCAGUAGAGUUUGGAGAAAAAAUGAAAUUACUCCGACUGACAACCAAUAUAUUUAUAUGGAAGAGUAUGGUCUUUGAUUAUGAUCACUACGUUUUGAAAUUUGAAGAUAAGAAUCACAAGAUACCAGUAAAUAACAAGGAGUGUACAAGCAAUUUUUAUUGGACAAAUUUGAUGGAAAACAUUGCAUCUUACAAAAGAACAAGACAUGUUCAAAUGAAUAAAUAUCCCAACUGGAAAGAAAAGAUGCAAAAGAACAUCUAUUACAAGCACAUCAUAGAAAUGUAUGAUCAAGAAUGCAAAGAAUUGGAGGCACAAUACAAUGAUUUUCAAGUAUCACAUUAUUGA